CACUUUGUGAGCGAAUGGGUGGGAGAGAAACAGCAGGACCGCUGCGCCGUACGAACGCCAGAACCAGUCCCGGAAAGGCCGCUGAGAAUAAGCAGUGACCCGGAAGUUCUUGCCACGCAGCUCAAUGCCUUACCAGGCAUGGCCUGCUCGCCGCAGGUCUACAGCACGCCCAAACACUACGUCCGCUUUUCCUCCCCAUUCCUCGCUAACCGCAGCCCGGCCACCCCCGGAGUGCCCAGCGGGAGACGGCGUUCCCGGGAACUGCCAGAAACGCCGCCAGCCACCGGCUCCUGCAAGAAGCGAUGGUUGAAACAAGCGCUUGAGGAGGAGGGCUCCACAAGCCCAGCAAGACGGCAGAGUCUGCUGGGCGACAGCCCCCUCAGCCCCUCCAUUAACGGGGACUCUGACAGCCCCCUGCCCUACAACGGCACCUGCUCGCUACCUGGUAAGUUGUGCUAAAAACCAGGAAGGUCC